GCACAUAAAGGCUGCCUCAGAGCUUUAUGGUCUGCUCUGCUGUGAACACUGUCACAUCUGAAGCAGGUUCAGGAUGAGGAGGCCCCUGCAGUCCCUUUUGAGGGCCAAUAUAUUCUUCUAUCUUGGACUUUUCCUGCACUGUGGAGAAGCCAGAGUGAACACAGAAGCACCGAUUGGACCUCUGUAUCGUGUGGUCGGCUCAAAGCUCUCCAUCUCCUGCAAUGUUAGCGGCUUCAAGAACGCCGACACCAAGAAACACUUUGAAUUCCGCGUUAAUAAGCCCGGGAAACCAAUGUCGGAGAACAUCGUAAGCUCCAGCAAUCCAGGCUUCAGCUAUUCCUCGUAUAAGCGUCGUCUCGAGGAAAGGCUAAUCACUCUGACACAUGUGUCUCCAAACUCCGUCCUGUUUGAGAUACUCAGCCUGCAGAAGAGUGAUGAAGGGGAUUAUGAGUGCUCUGUGCUCAAUGCAGAAGCGAGUUAUGAUGGAGCCUACAGCGCGUCGACAUCAGUGAAAGUGAUUGACAACUCCCUGAGUGUUUCAUCACCUGCCUCCACCUCACAGAGUUUUAAUGAGGGUGAAGCUUUCACUUCGACGUGCCAAGCCUCCAGCAACACGGUCCAGCACACCCACCUGUCUCUCACCUGGUUCCUGCUCAGAGACGGUGACGACAACGCUCGUCCGAUCAUUUCUGUGGACAGAUAUUUCACACUCAGCCCCGGCCAGGGCUUCGAGGGGCGUCACCAAGCUGGACUCAUAAGGUUAGAUAAGAUAGGAGGGGUCAUGUACCGGCUCAGCAUGGGUCAGCUCCAGCUGUCAGACAGCGGGAGGGUCUUCUGCCGGGCCCAGGAGUGGAUCCAGGAUCCUGACCGCUCCUGGUACUCCAUCACACAGAAGGACGCAGAGGAGACCGUCUUACAUGUGGAAGCAAGAGAGGUGGUUCCAGACACGUCGCCUCUGUUGGUGAGAAUCUCUCUGCAGCCCACAGCGCUGCAGGUCGGCCAGACGCUGUCGAUAAACUGCAAUGUAAACAAACAGAGCUCAGAGGAAAGCUUCUUCUCUGUGGCCUGGUCCAGAGGGGGUGUCGAGCUGGCUCGCGUCGGCCCGACGGGCAUUCUCUCCGUGGGGCACGAGUACAGCGUGCGAGAGGAGGAGCUCAGAGUGGCCCGCAUCAGCGACAGAGAUUUCCGUCUCAGACUGCAGCCGGUCAGAAUCGAGGACCAGGGAGAGUACAUCUGCAGAGCGUGGCCUCAGAAAAGAGGACAAGAUGGUGCUUUAACACAAGGAGCUGCUCAGGACUCCGAUCCACAGAGGAUCACUAUCUCAGCCACAGAAAGUGGGCUCUCACUGGAAAUGCAGAAUGACACGAGUGUUAACGAAGGCGAUGGACUGAAGCUCACCUGCAGAGUACACGGCUACAAAGGACAGCUCUCAAUCACCUGGCAACACAAACCAACAGCCACGUCAAGUGUUGCAUUCACCACCGUCAUCAGCCUGAGUCAGGAGGGCGUAGUGAUAGAGAAGCCGGAAAGUCAGAAAAUGAAGGCGACGCGUCCAGCAGCCGACACCUUCACCUUAGAGCUGGAUGAAGUCAAACCAUCGGACUCAGGUGUUUAUCAGUGUGCCGUGUCCGAGUGGGAAAACAAUCGCAAGACCAACAGCCGCUCACAGACCGCCAUGGUGACCGUGGUUCCUGCUGGCUCGUUUGUGAAAGUGAACCUCAUAAGUCGCGACAACUCGGUGACCAUAGGAGAAAAUGUGAUUCUGAUGUGCCGGAUCCGAGGCGUACGUUUCCCCAUGACGGUGACUUGGAGCCUGCAGCGCGACGCCUCCAUCAUAGACAACAUCCUGACGGUGUACGCGGACGGAGCCAUCAGCUGGUCCGCAGACCAGCACCGCUACCAGCUGAACGUGGAGAAGACGGGGAACGGCUUCACUCACAAACUCCUCAUCAGGGGGGCGAGCCACAGGGAGGUGGGACGGUACGAGUGCAGCGUGUCGUACAACGCCCACAAGAUUGCGUCCAACCAGCUGGCUGUGCAGGUGCAGAACCCAGUGAGCAGCCUCGCUCUGACCUCAUCACCGGCCUUAACGACUUCCAUCGACCAGGACAUCGAAAUCCGAUGCUCGGUGACCUCUGAACCCUCUGCGUCGACUCGUUACUUCGUCACCUGGCAGCACAAACAAAAGGCAGAGAGUAAGAUCAUCCUGAGCUCAGACCAGGACGCUAAAGUCGAGUUUGGACUCCAGGUAGACCCGAGCCAGAGGCAGAGGAUCAGCGCCAAGCGUUCAAAAGGCCCAAGUUUUGAAUUAAGUAUUCGGCAGACUCAGAUCUCAGACGGCGGCGUGUACCUGUGCAAGGUGGCCGAGUGGCUACAAGAUCCUCUUGGUGAUUGGUACCAGCUCCCAUCGGUGUCAAGACCCACAAAUCUAACAGUGAUGGAGCCAGAACACAAACUGUCAGUUCUUAAGGAAGACUUGGAGUUAAAUAUGAGUGUAUCUCAGGACUUCACCAUCCCCUGUCAUAUCACCAAACAGUCCAGUGAUCAGUCCGGCUUCCAGGUCACAUGGUUUCUGCAGAAGGAGACGGAGAUGAAACCACGCCCCGUAUUCACGUCUUACCGGAACUCCACCCUACAAGACAGGUUAGGGAAUGGAAAACAGCUGAUUUACAGCCACCCUCUACCCAACCAGUUCAGCCUCACAGUGAUGAAGUCAGAGGCUGAAGAUAGCGGGCGGUACUUCUGUGAGGUAGAGGAGUGGCUGCCAUCGCUGUCUCAGAGGUGGAGGAAGGUCGCGACGAACAAAUCAGGGAUUUUGACUGUUAACGUCUAUCCAGAAGGAGAUGUUAAAGCCUUCUCCGAGCCCGCGUCUCAUCUGGGGGCCUGCAUAGGGAUUCUUGUGGCUGUUGUUAUCUGCUCUCUGUUGGUCAUAUUGCUGCUGGUGGUGAAGAUCUGCAGGAGCAAAGUGUCAGGAGAGAAGAAGACGGGCCAUUCUCUGUGGGCGGAGCAACAUCCUCUCAACACCAAACCCAGUGCAGACGACUAAAGAGACCAGAAGAGAAGAGGAAGUCAUAGGCCAACUUUUUAUUCACCCUGUAAUAUAUAACAUGAUGAUUUUUUAAAGUAUUUCCAAUGUAAAUAUUUUUAUUCCUUUUCAUUUAAAGUCCAAUCAGACGGGUUUAAAUUGCUCUCUUGAUAAUAAUCCAUAAAAAAAUGUUUGAAUGUUUUAGCUCUCAGUGCAGCUGGGGAAUCAUUGAGCCUUUAUGAAUUAAAGAAAUUCAUUAAGCCGUUGAAAUUAAACCAGCACUUUUUUAUUUCUCUGCUAAAAACUCCUUUGCAUAAUCACCAGCUUCUCACUGCCAGAGGUGGACAGUUGAGCGCGGCGGCAGAUCAAAUGUGUGUCUUUACAGUGCACCUCCAGUCGAAGCAGCACGCUCUGACAGACAGAUUGUAACAACAUGCCAGACAGUGUGUCUGUGAUGUGGUAAGAUUUGAAACUUCUCUCUGCGAGGGACCGUGAGAAGAAUCAACCAGGAAGUGCUCUGUGGGUUCUGCAAGAGAACAGGAUGAUUGUGUUUGUCUGCAGGUCUGCAAAACAAGUGUUUGAGUCACAGCACUGUUAAAGUUAAAAAUACUGUUAAAAAACUAAAUAUUCACAUGAUACUUGUUUUGUUUGAAGUUUUCCAAUGUUGUUGAUGAUGACUUUACAUUUACAUGUGAUUUUGUAAAAGUGUGUGUGUGAAUCUGUGCUUACUGAACGUGUGUUUGUGCAUGUACAAUCAACAUAGGACAGUUUUCAGUGCAUUGGCUGAACCCCAAAUACAUCUGGUUUAAACCUAAACAAUAGUGUUGUAGUUAAAGUCUGAAUAUGUGAUUUUUCACCCUUAAAUAUAUAAAUCCAGUUUAUCCUCUGAAAAUAA